CUUUACUCUCUUUAGCAUAAUAACUACAUUAUAUUCUAAACAUGGAUCUGGUCUCCUCAUGCUCUCCCUCGUUCAUCCUCAGCUUUGUUUUGUUACUAAUCUGUAGAGGUGCUUCAGGGGCUACAUUUACAUUUGUGAACAAAUGUGACUACACAGUCUGGCCCGGAAUCCUCGCCAAUGCAGGCAGCCCAAGGUUAGAUAGCACAGGAUUUGAGCUCCCAAAGGACACCUUUCGUGCCUUCCAAGCUCCAACAGGGUGGUCAGGCAGGUUCUGGGGCAGAACAGGCUGCAAUUUCGACGCUACAGGCCAAGGCACAUGCUCCACAGGCGACUGUGGAUCAGACCAGGUAGAAUGCAACGGCGCAGGUGCUGCUCCACCUGCAACACUCGCUGAAUUCACAUUAGGCUCGGGUAGUCAGGAUUUCUACGAUGUGAGCUUAGUAGAUGGGUAUAAUCUGCCUAUGAUGGUGGAUGUGAGUGGUGGCACGGGUACCUGUGCAUCGACCGGGUGCGCUAUAGAUUUGAAUCAGCAAUGCCCCAUGGAAUUGAGGGUGAGUAGCGGAGAUGCUUGUAAAAGUGCCUGUGAGGCGUUUGGGAGUCCCGAGUACUGUUGCAGCGGCGACUUCAAUACGCCCACAGCUUGCCGGCCGUCGGUGUACUCGGAGAUGUUCAAAUCUGCUUGCCCGAGAUCCUAUAGUUAUGCUUAUGAUGAUCCUACCAGUACCUUUACUUGUUUGGGAGCAGAUUAUACCAUUACCUUCUGCCCUUCUUCUGUGACUAGUUUGAAGAACUCGAGAGAUUCAACUCCAAUAACGACAGGAACCACAACAGAUGGUUCAGUGUCAGGUGGAGUGUCACAGUCAGGAACAGAGACAGGGUCAGGAACAGGGACGAGUACUAUGCUGGCCGAUACAUCGAUGUUGGCAGCCUUGGCCACUGGAGACGCCACUGGAGACUCAACCAGGACGACCCUUUCUUCUUCUGUUCUUCAAUCUACACUCACCAUUGCAGCAACCAUCGCUCUCAUCCUCCUUCCCUUCCUUCGAUUGUAGUCUCUCUUCUAUCUUCUCUUCAUCUUUCAUGGCUU